CUUUUUAUUUUAUAACCCUUCUUUCACCGCAAAUACGUCGUCUUCUAUGCUUUAUUGCUGCUUAUGUCAAUAGCCACCCUUGCUCCUAAUCUUGCGUUACCGUCGAAUAACGACAUUCCGUCCCUGGUGGUGGGGGAGUCACGGUCUUACUAUUUCUAUGAAAAACUUAGCAUUUCAAAUACCUCAUCUUCGACCAAAUACCAGCAUCGUAAUAAGCCAAUUAUACCCUCCAUUCCUCGUGAACGCAUGUAGGUAAUCCCUCAGAGUGCGUCUGAUGUUAUCUUUACUAAUCUUGCAAUAACUCAGUAAGGCACCUGUCAAUUCGCCUU